AUGUCGCAACGACAGCAACAACGAAGCGCACCAGCGCCCUCACAAACACAAACUGAAACACCAUCACAAACGCCAGAUACGAGAGAACAGGCCCCCCAGAUUUUGCGACUUCGCGGUGCGCAUACUUCCAAUGGACGAUCUGUGCAGUGGGCAGAGGAUGUAGUAGACAACGAAGGUCUCGGACUGUGCUGUAUUUACCAUAAACCCAAGGCGGUUGAUGAGUCCAGCGACGAAUCAUCUUCAGAUUCCGACUCCGAUUCCGACUCUGAUCGCGACGGCGCACAACCAGCAGGCGGUAAGCGCCAGAGUUGCGGACAUGGACACGGACAUAACCAUGGACGAGGUCGCAGAAAUGGGAAGGGAAAAGAGAAGAGAGCACCAAGUCCGAAUGCAUACGAGAAAGUUCCUAAGCCGAAACCGAAGGAUGGGCCGUCAGAAACCAAGUCAUAG